AUGGCCAAGGCACCAGAACCCUCGUCCACACAGCGAAGCCUGGCUAUCGCAAAUUCGGGGGUCAGUGCGAACGCCGACUCUAACCGCUCUCUGCAGCGCAAAGACACCGACAGCACCACACAAACCCUGGAGGAACUAGCGAGGCAAAAUGUGGCUCCGUUCCUCGAAAAAUAUCAGCCACGGCAAUAUGCGCCUUUCCGAUCACAAGUUUCAAAUCGAUCCGAACAAAACCUUGUGAAUGCCAGCUACUGCUAUCGUCACCAACCGGACUCAAAAUGUGGCAGACGCCAAGCCGAUGAACAGUCGAUGACCCAGCUGCAGUCGGAGCUGAAUUUACUUCCUCAAAGUGACCAGCAGGGUAUUUCCCAUGUGUGGUCGUUGUUCUCCGCUGCUCCAGCGAAACAACGAACUCUCAUGCUCCAGGGAAUUCUGGCGCAGUCAUGCUUCCCCCAACUAUCCUACAUCUCUGCCAGUGUCCGCGAACUCAUCCGAAUCGAUUUCCUCGGUGCCCUCCCUCCAGAGCUGUCCUUCAAAAUUCUCCGUUACCUCGAUACGGCCUCCUUGUGUCGAGCUGCACAAGUUUCUCCCCGCUGGAGAGCCCUGGCCGAUGAUGAUGUGGUGUGGCACCGGAUGUGCGAACAGCAUAUCCGCCGAAAGUGUAACAAGUGUGGCUGGGGUCUUCCUCUUCUGGAUCGCAAGCGCCUGCGCGAAGCCAAGCGUGAGAUUGAAUUGCGCGCCACCAACUGGGGCAACAACAAGCCCGACGUUGGGUCUACUGAAGCCGCAAUGGUCGAAACUUGCUCGACAGUGGAAUCUGCAUCCAGUGGCAAACGCAAGUUGGAAUCUGAUGAUGAAGCCUCCGCCCUUGCAAAGCGCCAUUGCGCAUCGCUUCCUCAGUCUCCUGAAGAGGACGAGAGUUACUUCAAAACUCGUUACCGUCCGUGGAAGGAGGUUUAUCGAGAUCGAUUUGUUGUCGGUAUGAAUUGGAAACACAAGCGCUGCUCGGUCAAAGUCUUCAAGGGCCACAGAGAUAGUGUCAUGUGUCUGCAGUUCGAGGACAAUAUCUUGAUGACUGGGUCUUAUGAUGCUACAGUUAAGAUUUGGGACACAGAUACUGGCGAAGAAUUGAGAACUCUUAAAGGCCACGUUGCUGGAGUGCGAUGCCUCCAGUUCGAUGACACCAAAUUGAUUACUGGCAGUUUGGAUCGCAGCAUCAGAGUCUGGAACUGGCGCACAGGCGAAUGUAUCUCCAAGUACAAUGGCCACGCUGAAGCGGUCAUCGCCCUCCACUUUGAUUGCACCCUGCUUGCAUCUGCCUCAGUCGAUCGCACUGUCAAAAUUUGGAAUUUCAAGGACAAGUCUACUUUCGUUCUUCCCCACCCACAGGGAGUCAACGCCGUCAAAAUCGACUCGGUUUCGCGCACAGUUUUGACCGCUUGCGACGAUGGUGCCGCGCGCCUUUGGGACCUGGACACCAAGACUUGCAUCCGAGUCUUCCACAACCACAUCGGAGCCGUCCAGCAAGUUAUUGCUUUGCCCCGAGAAAUUGAACUGGAGAAUCACCUCGCCGACUGCGAGAACGACCACGUCAGCACCUCUUCUCAAAAUGGCGACAACAUUCUGAGCACGCUUUCCCCUCUUCUUGAGGCCAAGUCUCUGACCAAGGCCGCAUUGAACCCCCCGCGCUAUAUCCUCACCAGCGGUGUGGACACAACCAUCAGACUGUGGGAAACCAGCACCGGAAGAUGCCUUCGUACCUUCUUCGGACAUUUGGAAGGUAUUUGGGCUCUUUCUGCUGAUACCCUGCGGAUUGCCUCUGGUGGCAUGGAUCGCAUGGUCAAGAUCUGGGAUCCUCGCGUUCCUACCGGCCAGGAUACCUAUGAAGGCCACAGUGCAGCUGUCAACUGCAUUGGCCUGAGCGACAGCCGCUUCAUCACUGGCGGCGAUGACUACCAAGUUCGCAUGUACGAUUUCCGGGCCUAG